GUGGUUACGUGUAGAUCUCCACCGAGCGCUUAAGAAAAUGAGGCGAUUCUCGGGGAAGCCCGCAGUUUUUCAUGUUGUUGUUUCCUUUUUGCUCCUUUGUAGUUUACAAGGAGGUGUGAAUGGACAGUUUGGCAUGGACGAUGUUAACCUACAGGAAGACGUUCCACAACCGACUGAAUCAAGCUGUGAAGGAAGAAGAAGGAGAUCCGUCAAACGCAGUGCAAAUGAGUCUUUGCACGGCACACCACCAGCUUUUGACGAUUGUAUGGUUUAUCGUUACACUUGCCCCGAUCACGUCAGAAUCUCCUGGCUACAUGCAGCACCCUUUCUUUAUGAUGCCAAAGGCAAUGGCAACAAAAGCGAAGAACAUACACCGAAUAUGAAAGGCAUUUUUCAUGAUGUGGUAACCCGAGCAAUUGGCGCUUGUUGCAAGAUAUUUGCUGGCAAAAUCCCGCAAAUUCGUUUUCUCGAAAAAGCGCCAAAUCUAAUGGCUCUACGCCACAAACUUCUCCAUCGCUCGGCAGACAUGAUAAUUCCCGUGCACAACGAUGAGGAGAAAUACGGAGGAAACGUGCCGUACAUCAAGGUAUUAGACUCCCCUGGUGUUAUACUCAUCGCCCCUCAUUCCUCCACGGUUAAAAAAUGGAACUUGGUAUUCAAAGCUGUGUUUGGAACAUGGCCAGUGGUUUUAAUGGCGUUCUUAAUGUCAUCCGUGGCUGGUGUACUGAUUUGGGUUUUGGAUUCGUCGCAUAACCCAGACGAGUUUCCUCGCAGAUUUAACCGGGGUGCCUUCGAAGGAUUUUGGUGGGCUAUUGUAACCAUAACAACUAUUGGGUAAGUCCAGUUAAUUGAGCAAACCCUAGCAAGCGUAACCUGAAGUGAAUUGCAGCAAAAAAGUGUCGUGAAUUGUAACACGUGCGGUAAAUAGUAAGAGGCCCCGUCAAGCCGGCGCAUGCAACAUUUCAAAGUAAGAUUGUUGGAUUGCGUUGGCGUUAAUAGACCACGUUCGAUAUAUCAAUAUUCUAACAUGGUUCCGAGUUUCUUUUGUGUCUCAAUUCCCAAAAGAGACUUGGAUACAAAGAAAACAACACCAAAUGUAGGAGUUUGCUAUGAAAGCCUCGGAGACAUGUUAAAAUAUUGAUAUAUCGAACGUGGCCUAUUCACGACGGUGGAUUGACGUUAUUCCAAGAUUAUCAGAGUGACAUAUGCUUUCGAUCAGUCGUUGGUCAGUCAACAUGCACGGUUUUCACAUAGUUAGUGGAGGAGACAUGGAAACAAUCAAAAACGUGCUAAUGA